GUUUUCUCUCAUGACACCGGUACUUCCCGAAAUCCUCUUCAGCGUGACGCCACUUCCGAAACCUGGGAAAUGACGUCUUAAUUACCCAUCAUCCCUCUGGUUGGAGGCUAACUGUUUGUGUAGCUGCAACAACGUCCUAUGGUGUCAGUGACAUUUUUUUAUCCAGUGGCCAAAGCGUGAAUCCAUUACUGGUGUGGACAUUCAGGCGCCACCAUGGGUGAGAGAAAAGGAACAAACAAAUACUAUCCUCCAGAUUUUGACCCAGCCAAGCAUGGGUCACUCAAUGGCUACCACAAAACUCAUGCCCUCAGGGAGAGGGCCAGGAAACUGUCCCAGGGCAUCCUCAUUAUCAGGUUUGAGAUGCCCUACAACAUCUGGUGUGAUGGCUGCAAAAAUCACAUUGGCAUGGGGGUCCGCUACAAUGCUGAGAAGAAGAAAGUGGGGAACUACUACACCACGCCAAUCUACAGGUUCAGGAUGAAGUGCCACCUGUGUGUCAACUACAUUGAGAUGCAGACAGAUCCAGCGACCUGUGACUAUGUGAUAGUGAGCGGGGCUCGCAGGAAAGAGGAGCGCUGGGACAUGGCAGAAAAUGAACAGAUCCUCACCACAGAGCGGACAGAGAAGGAGAAGCUGGAGACAGAUGCCAUGUACAAGCUGGACCAUGGUGGAAAGGACAAGGAGAAGCUAAGAAAGGCUCUGCCUUCUCUGUCCGAGAUCCAGGACCACCAGUCUGGUUGGAAGGAUGACUUCCAGCUCAACAGCACUCUCCGCAGGAAGUUCAGGACGGAGAAGAAAGUUCUGGCUGAGCAGGAGGAGAAGGACAAUGCAGUGAGGAUGAGGACUAACCUGUCCAUCCCACUGCUUCCAGAGAAGGACGAGGACAAGAAACUGGCAGCUCUACUCACUUACCAGGCACCUGACUCCUAUGAGGACAAACAGUACAGCAAGCGGAAAGAGAUCUCCUCUCGUUCGUGGUUCAACUCCUCUGUAGCCACACCAGGAGGUGCUGCAGGCAGUCUGCUCCAUAAGCUGGGCCUGCAGGGGAAAGAAGCAGCAGUGGCCAAAGCUCUUGGCUCCUCACACAGCCCACUGAUCCGCAGGCGCUCAGGAGGACUUGGAAACAAAACUGAACCUUGUGCCACCAUUACCCGCAGGCAGUCAGACCCUGAGGUCAGCCCAUGUGAUGGAGGGUCUUCAAAUGUCAGUCAGACAAAGGAAGGCUCAAAUACAGAUGUUGGACCAUUACAAGUGGGUCAGGAAGCAACAGAGACAAACAACAGUGUUAAAUUCAAAGAGGAAGUGGAUAAAGGGCUGAUAAUGGAGGACUCUGGAAAAGAGAAGGAGAAGGACAGGAGUAGAGAAGCAGUCACAUCCCUGGUGGCAGACUACAGUGACUCAGAUUCAGACCCUGGACAGUGAGGCUGCUCUUUACAGAAGAAUAAAAUGGGACAGUUUCUGUUUUCAGUCAACAGAGGUCAUGAAGUCAAGUGUCAUUUUGUGAGAAUGAAACACAAACAGGAGACGUUCAUCUGCUACAUGUUACUUUUCACUUGUUGACACAACAGUGGUGGUUAACUUGUCUGUGUAGUAACAUGGACAUAUUCCUCACAAACUGUCUGUAAACAGAUUUUCAUUUUAAGCAUAGUGACAAAAUGCUGCAUCAGAAUAUGUCAUGUGACGACAGGGCGACUUCAGAAUGUUGUUGUGUUGUAUCCGACCCCUGUGCAAACACUGCAGACGCAGCUUUUUUCUGUUCGUCUGGCGACACUGAGAAAACUUAUACAAUUAAAUGUAAAAAUACUGUUAAAUUGUGUGGGUUUUUUUAUGUACCUUGUAUUUUUGGGUCUGUGGCCGACUUGAGCUUUAAUGGAGCCUCAGCAGAAAUUGUUCCAACUAUCUACAACAUAUAGUAUGAAAGUGAGAGUAUCAGCAGUCGUUUUGAGUCAUGACUUCAGUAAUCACAGGUACAGUAUCCUUUCUUAAACAAAAUCAUCUUUGAAACAAUUUCUCAUUAUCAUUUUAUUAGUUUUUCUGCAUUUUGUUAAGUAGUCAAGUAACUUUGCACACUAAAAGAAAGUGUUAGUUCAUUCUUGCAAUCACCACACAGUAACUCUUGGAAUGCAUCUAAGUGCUGGUCUGUGCUUUUCUUUGCUAACGGCUAUAAAGCUUUAUUGUGUGCUGUCACCACUGAGACCUCAGGAUGUUUGGUCACAAUACAUAUCUUUUAAAUCUUGAAAGAUUUCAGCCUGAAUAUUGGACUUGAAAUGGAUUUUCAGAGACCGCAGCACAAAUCUUUAUUGAAAAUUUGACUGCACAGCAUUUUAUGUAACUUUUGAAAUGACCGGUAAUGUACUGUUUUACUGUUGUUUUGUUUUGUUUUUGGUAAUGAUGACAGGCGGCAGUGGUUCUCUCUUUUAGUGAGUAUAGUUUCAUUCAAGCAUGAAAUAAAUGUAAUGCACUGAUACCAUA